GAGCCGCUGGAGCUGAUGGCGGCUGGCGGAGGGAGAGGAGGGAGAAAGAGAGAAAGAGAGAGAGGAGAACCGAGAGGAGAGAGAGAGGAGGCCGAGCACCGAGCACUGAACACCGACCCCUGCUCCCUCACCAGGCCGACCACCGAGCACCGCAGCCCGGCACACAGACGCGCAACACCCCGGUGCAGCGGACCUCGUAUCGGCCGUCAUCCCAUCUCGCUCAGAAACUACAGCUGCAGUUCUUGUAGUAUUUAGUUGCAGUAGUCAGCACUUCUACCUGUGAAACAUCAGAGGGGUUUUAGUCAGAGAGGUGACCUCUAAAGUGGAUUACAGCAGCUUUAAAGUCUUUUAAUUUAAGCAUUUUGAUGCUAAUGAGCCUGGAAAGACUAGCUUAGCUUGUUAGCUUGCAGGGGGUUCUACAUCCCUUCAUGUUUGUUGUCUGAAAUCUGACAAAACUGGCAGGGUAGCAGCUCCUUCACUGUGAAAAUCUCUUAAAAAAAAAAAGCUCUUAAAAAUGUAGAUUAUCUUAAUUAUUAAGCUACUUGCAGUUAUCAGAUAACAGCUAGUGCAGCAGUUCCAAACCAAACAUUCAGAAAACAAAUUCAGAUUUUGAAAGGAAAAUGUAGUUGGGACUUGGACCACAGUGAAGUGUUUGGCAAGCUAACGGCUUGUUAGCGGCUAGUGGUGAGCGGGCAGCGGUGGCGCGGGGCUAGCUCCGGGCAGAGCGGGGGUGCGAUGGAGUACCACUCUAGUGGCAGCCUGCCCCUGCUGGGGAGACCGCGGUACUGCCCCGGAGCUAACGCUAACGGAGGCUACCUGUGUGAGACGGGACACUGCUGCGGGGAGACCGGAUGCUGCACCUACUACUACGAACUCUGGUGGUUCUGGCUGCUGUGGACGGUCCUCAUCCUGUUCAGCUGCUGCUGUGCGUAUCGACACCGAAGAGCCAAGCAGAGAGUCCAGCAGCAGCAGAGACAGCGAGAGAUCAGCCUGCUGGCGUAUCAUGGAGCUAACUCAUACCCAUCCUCCAUGCUGGACCUCAGUUUCUUGGCGUCUCUGAAGCUGCCGUCCUACGAGGAGGUUGCAGCUCAACCCUCCACUCCUCCCCCUCCAUACAGCUCGGUGUUCACCACCCCUCGUUACCCUCAACCCCCCAGAACCAGCGACCCCCAUCUGCUCACACAACACGACCCACUCCUUCAUCGCCCGCUCAGCGACGGACCCUCCUCCCUCAGCUCAGACAACAGCUCCAGUUGUUCCUGCGACUCCUGCUGCCCGUCCUCUCCAUGUAGCUCCUCUUUAUCGGCGGCCGUCACGUAUGAAACCGACACCAGUCACGCCACGACGCCCAGCGAAGCCCCGCCCCUAACGCUCGACGUCACCACGGAGACCAUCACAGCCGCAGCAUCUCGUUUGGAGAUCAACGAGACACGAAGUCUGGUUUCUGAGAGGAUGUCGGGCUCAGUGGCCGUUGAGAUCGGAGACGAAGACGCUUCCGGAGAACGGGAAACUGUUGUUGACUCAUCGGUUCCCAACCAGGAUGUUACGGUGGCGGUUGUUACGGUGGCGGCCUCCCCUCUGACCUCCCCCUGCUUAGAGGUGGUUCUUCCUGUUGGAGCUACAUCUCCCAUCAUGCAACAGCUUGACCUAGCACCAUGUACCCCGACACUCAGCACCAGUAGUACUUUCCCUAGUCCAAGUGAAGUCCAAAUAAUAAGCAUUGAUGGUCCAACUGAUGAAAAUAUCCUUACCCCCAAAACCACCUCAUUGUCGGGCCCUUCUACCCCAACAGCUAGCACUUCUGACCACAACCCUGAUCCAACAAGAACUUUUGAUACAGCCAACGUUCCAAGUAGCCCGACCUCAGCACCAGGAUCAGAUGUUGGAAUGACUUUGGCCUUGAUAAGUGAAGCGUCUAAUCUCCCAAGCCAGGACCCAAAUCCUAGCCUUGUGCCAAUCCCAGCACCUUCAAACCUUCCCCAAGCCAGAGUACCUUCAACCCAAACCCAAGCUCCAGAACCUGUUCCCACAAACCUAAGCCCCUUUACAGAACCAUUACCCAUAAGCCUUCCCCAAAGUCCAGACCCUUCACCUUCAAACCUUAACCUAGUUUCAAACCUACAACCUAAAACCACCAUAGUCCACGACUGUGAAUCUAACCCUAUCCUAAAACCAGUACCUGCAAACCUUACGCUUGCGAACCACACCCCGGAUCUAACAAGAACUUUUGAUACAGCCAACGUUCCCAGUAGCCCAACCUCAGUACCAGCAUCAGAUGUUGAAAUGACUUUGGCCUUGAUAAAAGACGCAACUAAAUCUCCAAAUCCAGACCUAAAUCCUAGCCUUGUGCCAAUCCCAGCGACUUCAAACCUCACCCAGGCUCCAGAACCAGUACCCACAAACCUAAACGCCUUUCCAGACCCAAUGCCCACAAGCCUUCCCAAAACUCCAGACUCUUUGCCUUUAAUCCAUACCGCAAAUCCAAAUCUACGACCUAAAAUCAACAUAGCUCCAGACUGUGAAUCCAACCCUAUUCUAAAACCAGUACCCCAAAACCUUCUCCUUCCUACAGAAGCACCUAAAUUAGCACAUUUCCAGAUACAAGAACCGUCACCUGGGUCACCUGGGUCACCUGGGUCACCUGGGUCCGGUCUAGCCUCGGUUCCUCCCAACCCAACCUCAGACAAGAACCCAAACCACGGUUCUGUUGCUAUUCUUGUUUCUUGUCAAGAUCCAGCCCCAGAAUCCGCCGAUGUAACGGCUCAAUCGACAGAACAAGACCUUAUCAGUCCGUUGCCAUCAAAUAUCCAGGCUGGAUUUAGUUCUGGAUCUUGUACAAGUUUUGGUUCUAGAACAAGUCCAAUAUCGGUUCCUGCUCCAGUGUUUACGUUGACAACACCUGCAUCCUCCCCUUCCUCUUGCCCAGCAAUAACUAUAGAAUCCUCUUGUACACCUGUAGCCCUCUCCCCAUCCUCACCCCUUUCCUUGUCUUCAACGUUUCUCCCGGGCCCAGCUUUACUCCUGGACCCCGUCACUGCAAUGCACCAGUCCAACAAAAGUGGAUCUUCUUCUGGCCACGCCUCCUCUCUUUCCCCCUCGCCUCGUGCUACCCAGUCGCCGCCGAAACAGACCUUAUUUUCCCCCUGUGUGGAUAUCUUUGAACCGGGACCUCCAAACUGGGAGGACGGGGAGGACGACCAGGAAACCGAGGACAAUGACGAUGAGGAGGAUGAGGACAUGGGAGCGGAUGAAAGCCAGUAUAGACACCGGCGACUUACCGGCGACUCUGGCAUCGAGGUGUGUAGGUGUCGGGUGGAGGAUGAGGAUGAGGAAGAGGAGGAAACGAAGGAGGAUGGGAUUCGAGAAGGAGGAGGAAAUGGUGAUCUUCAUGACAGUGUGGACUGCCCGGCUCGAGGUCAGAUCACCACAGGGGAAGGACUUGUACUGUGCACCUCCACCUCCACCGAUACUCCAAUAUCUGAGGAAGGCGCCUCCGAAGUCGUCAUUGUCGUGGAGUCCGUGUGAUUGACAGGACGUGGGCGGAACAAACCAUUCAUCAUCCAGGCAAGGGUUGAAGUUAAUGAUGGCCUUCACCCCUUAGAACUGUUAUUUGAGAUUGUCCUGAUAGAUGAUUGUGAUUGCGGUUACGUCAUAUCGACUGAUGUUUAUUCGGCAAUUGUUUGUCAGAUCAGCAAAAGGUGUUGGACUUUAGGAGGAGAUUCAACAGGAUGCUCACGAGGAAAGGUUUUAGUCCGAUGUGGUUUGGAGGUUUCUGCAUGGAGAGGCAUUUUCUUAAAUUGCAUCCAGGGUUGAUCAAAUUUUACAAAUACUGCACUACAGCAUUCAUGACAUACUGGGCUCGAGGUUCGGCCACAAUCUAAGUCGUAUUUACAAAUGAAAGAUAGCAAUUCUUCUGAAAUUCAAAAUGACCCUAGGUGCAAUUUUAUUGGAGAUAACCCAAUCUGUCCACCCAUAGUAUUUUACCCUAACAACCAUUUCUAAUAUUAUACUUGCGUGGUCCGAUGACGCUUGCUAGAUGUAAACAUCGUUCCCCUUAUCGACGUCUGUCCAAAUGAAACACGUUCCCCAGAAAUGACGUUUUCUUUCUUGCGUUUGUCACCAAUGAUAAAAACUUUAAAUAGUUUAGCAGUAGACACCUGGCUUGUCUGGGGCGAUGACGUCUGGUUUUGAAACAAGUCAAACUCUCCGCUUUGGACACGCAAACCGACUAAUGUGGGAGGAUGAUUCACUCUGACUGACAGAGGGACGACUGAUUCAUCAGAAAGCUUACUUUUGAUGUACAAGUCAGUCAAGGGAAGGGAAAUUAGGGAAACAGUUUCUCAGAUUUGAUGUUUUCAUGACAACUUGAUCCUGUAUGGAAGAUUUCUGGGUUGUUUCCUGUGCGUCAGUGGACAAAAGCUUUUUGCAUAAAUAGGAACAAACAAUAGACACUUUUAGACCGAAACAAAGCCCCAAACAAAAGGGAUGUGAACACGUCAUCGCUAUCGUCUUUGUCUCUGAAUUUGAGGACGGAUACAACAAAACGUUGUAGAAACCAAACAAUCUAGAGUCUUAUCUCUAAAAUAUUCCUUUUCCGCAUCCCUCCAUUCGUAGCCAUCUUCCUUUUUAUCAUUCAGAACCCUCUAUUAAAUUGUAUUCUGAUGGAUAAAUCAACAAAGUCAAGCUAUUUUAGGACCCACAAUGACGGUGAUCUGAAUCGCGUUAAAGAAUUGGAGAAUAUGUAAUUUAUUUUAAGGACUUAUGGACGUGUGGAUAUCGAUAUUUUGUGACAGAAAGACAUAGAGGUAGAGUAUAUUUUGUCAAUGAUAGAAAAAACAUUUUUGUUGUACAUGCUGGUGUAUGUCCAAUUAGCGAAGAGCAAUAUUUUUCAUCAGCAAGAGUCUGUAUGUAAAUGACGCCCCCUUAAAAAGAAAUGGAAAAAAUCAAGGUAUUGACAAGUUUUGGUAAAAACUUACCCCAGAUAUAAGUGGACUUUAAUUUUAAAUAUAACUCACUGGUUCCAAUGAAUAUCUCCCCAAAUCGCGCUGGAAGAACUAAAAAUGCAUCUAGAAAUCAAAGUUUUCAACAACAUGUGAGACUUUCACCCAACAGCAGUGCAAUGAUUGUAAGUCAUUUCCAACACACUUUACGGAGGUAUGCCAACACACAUUUGUUAAGCUCUAGAAGUCAAAAUGAAUGUGAUGAUAAUACACCGACAGUUGGUUGUACAUUUCGGUUAAAAAGUUCAUAUAAAUGUACAACAAAAAAGGCGGGAAAACAAGGUGAGGAAAAGGCGGUCAAAAGUUUCCCGAAAUACACUGCAUUGUUGUAGAAGGAAAUCCUUAGUUAGUAAAUUAGUUGGACUGGUCACUUUUCCUUACAUCUGCUCCCACAAAGUGCAUUUUGUACAGCCGUUAAUGUAAGCUGUUUCAGUAAAUUCACCGAAUGUGUGUUGGUCCAAACCAGACGUCAGAUUGUGUUGGAAGAGUCACCAGAGAGUAAAGUCUGACCUUUUAGCUAAUGAGAGACUGAGUGUACUGAAACCUGUGUUCAAAGAAACAGGAAAAUCAUAUUGGAGGUGGUCACCUUGUCACAAAUAUCAUUAACUCAACCUUCUCCGAUGUAAACAAAGUCUGACCCACAAACCCUGUUUCCAUGCUGCAUCACAACCGGACUUCACUACCCAUUUCUUGCAAAAGGACGAUGGGUUUACCUUUGCAGACAAUGCUAUGUUGGACCUCCUUACGACAAAAGCAAUGUCCUGCCAUGGAAAAGGACUCGAGUGGACUUCAAAUGGCAGCAACAGAGCGCACAGUUUCUACGUCUAAAUCUGGGUGUUUUGGUAGUCAGAUUGGAAACCAACGUGCACAAGAUUGGAUUCACACGUGGAUGGAUUCAUUAAUCCAAUAUUUUGUUUUUUAAACCUAUUGCGGAGCUGAAUUCACAGAAAUAUGGUUUUGAGCAAACGUGGAUGUCAAAGAGAGCUCAAGCAGAUUCCUACGAUGGCGGAUCGGAGUCGAAAACGACACCUUCGAUUGAGUCUAGGCCGACUAAUCGCCUGUUGACCGUAAGAGUUCGUAGAGGCUUAAAGGACCUUUUCUCAAGGGUCAUACCUAGCCGUUGAUGUUGUGGUUGAUGGUGUUUUUUGUUUACCUGAACUAAUAAGGUUAUAUAUCUCCAUGGUUAAAAGAGUGCCAUUUCUACUUGACCACUGUUACUACUUAGCGUUAGAUGGAGCGGCUCUCGCUCUGCGUGGGUGUGGACUUUCGACCUGAGUGACUGGGAAAAUGUUCGGUCCAAAAUCUGUCUCUUGUAGCUCGAGUUCCCAAAGGCUCUGCAGCUCUGAAAUCAGCCUUGUGAAAAAAGGGAAAUUUCCGCCAAAUAAUGUGGGAUUUUACCCAAAUCUCCUUACAGAUAAAAGCUUGGGAAAUUACCUUGAAAACGAGGCUGAUGUUUGGGCGUUUAAAGCAUUUGGAAAACUCCUAUUUAUCCUUUUUGUUGAGUCAAGCCGGGGCAAGUUUUUCAUCAAAUGUUGGUGGACAAAAAAUCUCUGCCACUGACUGGAUUCACAUUGACAAGAUGAGACUCCUGUGUGUUUGGUCAAUCAUUCAGUGCAUUUCAUUCAAGAUUGGUAAAGUCCCCAAAUGACCCAAAAAAGUAAAAGGUUUAAGACUUAUUUGGGGAAUUUUUACCGCAAUCUCUUACGGUAGCUUUGGAAAACUAACUAGCUUUUCUUUUUACAUAAAUCAUCAUUUGGGAACGUUUUUAACCUUGAACUGAUGCUUAAAAACACAACUGGUCCUGAUGUAAUGUGAACCCAGUCACACAAACCUGGCCUCAUUAAAUGUCUUUAAACAACUUCCACUUGUUCCACGAGGAUAUUGGAUUUAGCUUCACCUGUGGUGUUUGACAAAUUAUUUAAUUUACUAAAAGCGUCCGUAUGUUCCUCCGUCUAAAUAAUGUUUUUAUCUCGUUUUUUCUUGUCUGCUGUCCUUCCUGUUUGCAUGAGGUUUCCGUCGGAGGAGUGGAAGGAAGCAGAGGAGAGACUGGUCUUUAAAAUCCCUUAAUAUUACGAUGAUAACGAUGCUAAUUAUUAGAAAUACUAAAUUAUUAGUGAGUGUGUAUGUGUGGAUGUAUGUGUGUGACCUAACUAAACCAGCCUGUUCUAAAAGUGUGUGAAGAUAUACUGAAUAAAAACUGUCAAAUCUACUAAAA